AUGUUUUCAUAUCCAGUGUGUAGGAUCAUAAAAACGUCCUUUCGUUCGUUACACCUUAGCGCAGCGCGCCUUUCCCGUCCAGUGCCGGUUCCACUUUCCUUCACGCGAUACGAAAACAACGUGUCGGACAGCAAUGCACCACCGGUUCUCGUGCUUCACGGACUGUUUGGGUCAAAGUCGAACUGGAACAGUUUGGCCAAGGCGUUUCAUAAGAAUACCAAACCCGUCCGAAAGAUAUACGCCAUCGAUGCACGUAAUCAUGGAGACAGUCCACACACGGAUGAACACUCGUACGACCAUAUGGUGGAAGAUUUGGUCCAGCUCUACAAAACCUUGGGCAUUCAGCAAUCUUCCAUCAUCGGGCAUAGCAUGGGAGGACGUGCGAUGAUGCUUUUAGCAUUGAAAUAUCCCGAAUUGGUCGAAAAAGCAAUCAUUGUGGACAUUUCACCCAGCACCGGACUUGGCACGAGCAACACAAACAUCCCGCUGUUCCUGCAAUCGAUGAAAAUGAUUCAAAUAUCAUCCGAAGCCACCAUUCACCAGGCGCGAAAAAUUGCCGACGAACAGUUAAGCCGUAUCGUGGCAGAAAAGCCACUGCGAGAUUUUCUAAUCACGAAUCUGGUAAAGGGAGAAAAGGAAAGUGGAGGUAAAUUUCGGUGGCGCAUCAAUCUGCAGUCGUUGGAGCGUAAUUUCAAUAGUGGAGUCGCAACGUUUCCGCAACUGACCGGCGUGAAAUUCCUAGGACCAACGUUAUUCAUCGCUGGUGGUCGAUCGGAUUACGUGAAGCCGGCAGAUGUCCCUCUAAUAAAGCAAUUGUUCCCCAAUUCGGAAAUUACGUACGUGAAGGAUGCCGGCCAUUGGGUUCAUAGCGAAAAGUCGACCGAGUUUGCCAAGCUCGUACUGAACUUUCUCAACGAAUAGAGCCUAUAAAC